GCUUUAAAAAUAACACGAAGAAAAUGGCAGACGACGCAAAGUUGCCAAUAACUCGACAAAUCGAGAAAGAAAGCCGUGAAAGUGGAGCUCCUCCAGCGGACGUGCACCUCCAAGCUGUAGAAGAUUGUUGUAUUUAUGACCGGCACGGAAUGUCGAUCCCGUUCAAGAGUUUAUAUCAAGACAGGAAGUCCAUCAUAAUAUUUGUGCGGAAUUUCCUGUGCUACAGCUGUAAAGAAUAUGUGGAUGACUUGAGCAAAAUACCCAAAGAAGUGCUAGAGGGUGCUGAGGUUAGUCUUGUUGUCAUCGGUCAGUCUGCUCAUCAUCACAUAGUGCCUUUCUGCUCGCAGACAGGCUAUCCUCAUGACAUCUACGUUGACCCCCAAAGGAUCAUUUACCAGAAGCUGGGGAUGAAAAGAGAAGAGAAAUUUACAAUCUCAGCUCAAGCAAGUCCUCAUGUGAAGUCCGGUGUCUUCAUGGGGCAAUUGAAGAGCAUAUGGAGAGCUAUGACUAGUCCUGCGUUCGACUUCCAGGGUGAUCUUCAUCAGCAAGGUGGAGCCAUCAUCGCAGGGCCAGGUAACGUUUCUUUAACUUCUAUCUCUGUAGAUCAAUCCACCAUUCAUGCUGACUCAUUUGCAGGUUCUCAAGUACAUUUCUCCCAUUUCGACAUGAACCGUCUGGACCACAUGCCCAUUAACUGGCUCCUGCAACUAGCAGGAGUUCAACACAUUGUCAACUUUAGUGAGAAGGCAAAGGUCAUCCAUGUGUAGCCAGCCGGCAAGCCCCAAAGAGGGCCUCCUUUGCGCAUCUUAAUUAAGCUUAGUAAGCCAACGUAUUUGGACGAAGGGUUUGGGAAAAGUUUAUCAUUGACAACUUCUGUUUAAGAUCCCAGCAUGGCUGCAGAAUUGUUGACAUAAGUCUUGCAUUUCUUUGCACAAGAUUCAAGAACAACCCUUGUUUUCAUUCCAGAGAUAUUUAAA